GGCAUGACUAGAGAUGCCGGUCCUAAUAGCAGUUGGCGAAUCACUCAGACGUCAUAACAGCCGGCUGUGCUAUCACCGUGUCCCUGAGAUGUCAUCAAGCAGCCUCAGUCUCCUCCUAUGAACACCUCUGGGGCCUGAGGAGGGGGCGCUGCCCUGCUGCCAGGGGUACCUCAGCCCCGCAAAGGCAGUGACUUACUUCCGGCCAAGCCCUUCAUCAGAAGGCUCUGGAAGGUACCUUCCUAGCUAGGUAUCUUCCUAGCUUUCUUUAUUCCUCCUCCAGGCAGCCCCCGCCCCACCCCAAACUCCCCAGCACCCCCCUCCAGUUCCCUGGGCUCUGCACCUUUUGGAUCUCACCUGUUCCCUUAUCUACAAUUCUGAAAAACCUUCAAAGCCAGGCCCUUGAAAGGACACAUCCCUGCAUUUCUCCUCAGGCUUCACUUCUCUAAAAUGGGUACAGCAAUGGUGCCUGGCCCACAUACUGGCUGGUGAGUGUUUUGAGCAAGGUCACUUCUGUGAUGGGCUUAGCACAGGCUGGGGACAUCCUGAGAGCUCAAUGAAUCCUAUUGGCCAAGAAACACAAGAAAUAGUUAACAGUGCUAAGUGGGGAUCAGAGGGAGGAGGGAAAUUUACUUUUUCAAGGUAUACCCUUUCAUAUUUGCCAAUUCGUGUUCCCCCAAUUUUUUUAACCCCCCCCUUUUUUUAAUGUAAAAAUUACCAUCUCUGGACUGACUCUGAAACUUAUCUGGGCAUCCUCUACCCACACCUCCUCUUCCUCUGCUUGGGCCUCAUGUCAGGGAUGACCCCACCAUCCAUUCUGCCCCCUGAGCAGAGACCUGGGCCUCAUCUUGGGUGCCUCUUUCCCCUCACAGACUCUCAAUCAUCAAGUCUGGUUCUUCUUGCCUUCUCACUGACUCAAAUCUGCUCUCCUCCUCUUUCCCCUCCUCCCAUUCCUACCUAGGUCUAGGACCCUCCUCUCCCCAUCCCAUCCUCAGUCUACCUCCAGGACGCAGUCAGAAAGGUCUUAAAACCUUCCUCUGUCCCUCCCCUGCUCAGAACCUGCCAUGGCUCCCCAGUGCCCUCGGGGGAAAUAGUCUAGGCUCCUCACCAUGGCCUAUGGGGCCCAGUUCUAUCUGGUCCUUGCUGACUUUUCCAGCCUCCUCAUGCUUUCAUCCAACUACAUGAUUCUUCCUGCCUUAAAAGAUCCUCCAGCUCAGUCCCUUUGCCUGGCGGUUGAGUCCCAUCUAGACACAUAACAAUUGGACACCUGGCUAAAGCUGGGUGUCCACUAGGGACAGGACACCACUUGAGGCUGCUUUCCAUCCACAGCCUGAGUUCUGCCUGAAUUGUCACCAAAGCAAUAUCUGUCUACUAAGCUCUGUUCCCUGGGGCCACACAGGACAGGUUGGUUUCUGUCCUGUGAUAUUUCAGAGACUAGAAAGAUGCAGACUUUGAAUCUCAGGUGAACGUGGUAUAAGAUUCUUGAGGGUGAUUCUUGGAGAUGGCAAUGGAAGAGUCACAGGAUAUGAGAAUGGGAAGGUGCCCUAGAGGAUCCAAGUGCAAAGGGGAGACCUAGGCCCAGAGGGAGCAGGGCUCCUGGCUCUUCCCACUGCCUGGAGCUGUUUGUGUCCCAUCACUGACUUGCAAGGGAGGGACGAGUCAUAGUAGAAUUGGGUUUGGUGAACCAAACAGUGGGUGCCAGGCUGAGCCCUGACUCUAGUGACACAGAGACCCCAACCUUAGUGACAGCAGACCUGCAUCUGUCCCCAGUCUGAGCCCCAACCCUGGCCCAGGACUGAAUACCUGACCCUGGGCACAGCAUGAGCCCUGAAACUGGCUAAGACCCAGAACUAAGCCCACUCAAUCCACUGUAGAAACUAAGCAAAAAAUCAGAGGCUCACCCGCAGCCCUUGGCUGGCUGGUCUGGGGUGACUUCCUGUGACCUCCCCAUCCUUUCCCCCAUAGAAGUGGAACUGAGGACUGGAAUGGGGCGAGGGGGCGAAUUCAGAAAGGCACAAGAUUGGUGCUGUGGGUAGGGAGGGAGAAUAGGCACAGGACUUCGGGAAGGGUAGGUUGAGGGAUGGAGACUUGGGGAGGGGUCGGCAGGGCUAAGAGUGAAGACUAGGAUAGGGAAGGUGGAGGUGGAUAAUGGUCAGGGGUGACGGAUGGAGGGGAAGCAGAGGAUGGAGGGGACCAGGAGACAGAGAAUUGGGGGGAUGGAGGAGAUGGGGGUGCUGAUUCGAGGCUGAUGACAGGUUGGGGGAUGCGGGUUGGGGUUGCAGUUGGGGGCAGUGCGGGGACGCCAAGGGCCGAUCGUCUGGCCGGGUCUGCGCAGCGAGGCCCAGCUGAGCCCAGCCGCACUCCCCCCGCCCCCCGCUGCCUCCCCCUUCCGCUCCCCGGAAGCGCUGAGUCGUCCUGCCUUAUCUGGGGGCCGCUAUUUCAGGCGCCGCUGCGAGCGCGGGGACUAUUUUUAGCGGCGCUCGGGUAAAAAUGGACGCGGCGCCGCGCGAGUUCCCGAGGCCGUGCGCGCUCCCUCGCGAGAACUGGGGGCCGGGGCCGCGCGCCUGAGUCACCUCCCUCCCGCCCGCGCCCCUGCGAGGAGCGCGGACAGCCCCCCCAUCCGCACAAACUCUGGGGCUCCUGGGCGCUUGGAAGCCAGCGCGGCUCAGAAUAUUCCAGGACCGUCGGGACGCAUCCACCCGGGCUCGAGCGGCCGAGGGCCAACUUUUGGGCAGAGGCGCCGCGCCCCCUGGUGGCUCCUGCGGGGAUCGCAGGCAGGGGCUCAGCCAGGAUUUCACACACCUCCCCAGCCCUCACCCCCGCCACACACCCAUUUUAUAAAUGAGGAAACUGAGGCCUGGAGAGGAACUGGGUUGCAUCAUGAAUUGCAAGGUACGCUCGUUCAGUUUUAGCUUGGACACUCCUCUUAAUGGAGAACUCACUACUUAUCAGAAAACUAGGCACUCUUUGUGUUUGUAAGCAGUAUUUAGUCAUUCAACAAGUAUUUAUCAAGGGCCUGCUGGGUGAUGGGAACAGAUCAGACAGAUGAGAGAUCCUUGCCCUCGUGGGGCUGACGUUAUAAUGGGAGAGAGGAACAGUAAAUAAGAUGAUUUCAGAUUGUGGUAAGCACUGUAGGGAAAAUAAAAUGGGAGGAUAUAUUAUAAUAAAGGGGAUACUUUGGUCAGAGUAGUCAGAGAAGGCCUUUUUCUGAGGAGGUGAGACUCUGGUUUCAUGCAGUCCCCUCAUCCCAUUUCAUAGGCCUGUAGAAAAACCAGUUGAAGAAGCUCAGAAGAACUGAGUUUGUACAGUGUAGACUGCAUGAGUUUUAACUGCGUGAAUGUUCCGCUUCCGUCUGGUCUCCUCCUGAGCCUGGGAGCUCAUUACCUCCCAGCACAUAGAUGCCAUUCAUCAGUAGUAGUAAUACUGAUUAUUAGCAUUACCGAUUAUUAGUUUUUAAAUAAUAACUACCUUUUAACCAGUGCCUACUCUUUGCUAAAUGUCUCACCUGCAUUAAUUCAUGGUCAGGUGAUAUUCCCAUGCCCCAUUAACAUAUGAGAAAAUCAGUUUUCCCACCUCCUUUUCAGAGUCCAGAGUGCUAACCAUUACACCAUGGGGCCUCACCUCCUUUUCCUCCCAGCCACAUGGGCAUCUAGUUUUGCUGGCCUUCUGCUUGUUCUUUGGGAAUCCACUCCUUUCUCAUUUUCAGUUCACCUGGUUGUCUUAGGGCUCACCCCAUUCUCCGUUUCCAGGGAAGGGCACGUGUCCUAGGCUCAGCCAAUCAGAGUAUUCCAGUUGGGAUGUCCAUUGAGGACAGUGAUUGGUUCAGAGGUGAGCAGCUGACCCAUUUAGGACAAUGAAUGAUGAGACCAUGGGGCAGGAGCCCUUUCUUCCCUCUGGGGGGAAGAGGAUGAGAUAUGAGCCUAGAGCUGCUAGGGCUAUCUUUGCGACCUCAAGGAAAGUGUUCCUGAGGAAAAGAUCAGAGAAAUAUGACACCCAGAGAUGGGACAGUGAGCUCAUGUCAUCAUUUGAGCUCCUGGAUGCAGCUAUGACUGAAGCCGGCUUGACUCGACCUUCUGAAAACGUUGCACUGAACACUCAGGAGAGAGUGAGAGUGAAAAAGGGAGAUCCUCCUUUUGCUGCAUAUCCAUCCACAGCCCCCCGUGGAAACCUGGGACGUCCCGGCAGAAGAGGUGCCCGGGAUGGCGCGGGGUCGGGUCCAGCGCCUCCACUGGCCCCCAUCCGGGGGGCUGCCGCUCGGGGCCGGACCAUCAGUGCCACAGCGCAGGGACCUGGUCUGAUUUGCGGGCAGCUGUGUCCCCAAUGCCUGCCACACAGUAGGUCCCAGAAGGACCUUGCGAUGGACGAAGAGGGAGUGCAGAAGGCCGCUGACCCACCCGCAAGGAAGAAAUUCCUCAUUCCAAUGGACCAGGAUGAGGUCCCUCCUCCUGGGGCCAAGGCCUUAUUUAAAUCCACACGGAGGCUGCCCACUGUGGAGCCCGCGCCCCAGCCGACCCCUCAGACCUAUGCUGAGUAUGCCAUCUCAGGACCUCUAGAAGGGGCUGGAGCCACACGCGCCGUGGGACCAGAACCCCUGGCAGGAGAGACCCCCAACCAGGCCCCCAAACCAGGAGCAAAAUCCAACAGCAUCACUGUGAGCCCCCGGCAGAGAGGAAACCCUGUGCUGAGGUUUGUACGCAACGUGCCCUGGGAGUUUGGUGACGUGCUUCCGGACUAUGUGCUGGGCCAGAGCACCUGCGCCCUCUUUCUCAGCCUCCGCUACCACAACCUCCACCCUGACUACAUCCACCAGCGGCUUCAGAGCCUGGGGAAGAGCUUCGCCCUGAGGGUCCUGCUCGUCCAAGUGGAUGUGAAAGAUCCUCAGCAGGCCCUCAAGGAGCUGGCUAAGAUGUGCAUCCUGGCCGACUGCACCCUGAUCCUUGCCUGGAGGAGACUUGACUGGCAAUUAAAACAGAAAGUAGACCUACUCUUCAACGCAGAAAUACCACCACUAGGAAUGUCUCCCCUUCGAUCAUCCCCGCCCGUGUGUGCAAAUCCACAGUGCUGUGGGCCUUCCCGGCUCCAUCUGUGCAGUAAGCUGCAGGACCAAAGGGCAUGAUAUUUUAAUCUGUAUAUAAAGGGAAGGAAAAUGAACCAUGUUUAUGAACAAAUGCAGAUGUGAAUAAACUGAAAGGGCUGCAAGGGAUGCAGGCUCUGAACAGUGUUGACCUCUGACGAGGGUAUAAGGAGUAGGUCCUGAGGGGAGGGGGACUUUUAUCCUCUGCCCUUCUGUUUUCUUCUGAAUAUAUAAUGGUUAAAGUUCCUUUUGUUAAAGCAUAAGUAGCAUAUUCAUGUAGUUCAAAAAGCAGAAGUGAUUAUGUAUGUAUAUAUAUAUUUUUCUUAAAUAAAAUUUUAUUUCUUUAUUUGUUUA